GCAAUGCACACAUACUAGUUUUCAUUGUUUGCCAUCCACCCAAGAAGAAGAAGAAGAAGAAGACGAAGACGACGAACCGGAAGUUGUUUCCUUUUUGUGGGUAGUUUUGGUAGCUAUCUUCACAGUCGCACAUUCGAUCGCUCAGGUUUGUGCAUAAACUUGACCAGUUUGCCAUGUCGUCCGACGCUCUGAAGAAACGCAAGCCCAAAGUGAUUCGCAAUGAGGGAGGCACACCGGAGAAUAAACGUUGCAGAGCGGAAGGAGACCAGGAUGCCAGGGUGUACAACGAGGAUGUGGAAUUGGAGGGAAGAGACCCUGCCCAGGAUUAUGAUCAGUACAAGGAUACCUGUGAAGCACUGGCCAAACUUAUGGCUGAAAUACAGGAACUGAAGACCAAUGGCUCCAGAGACAAUUCGAUUGAAAUAGAAGAGCGACGCAUGCAGAGCUGCAUCCAUUUUAUGACCCUGAAGAAGCUGAACCGCCUGGCACACAUGAGACUGAAGAAGGGCCGUGAUCAGACUCAUGAGGCAAAGCAACGAGUUGAUGCACUCCAUCUUCAGCUUCAGAACCUGUUGUAUGAAGUUAUGCACCUUCAAAAGGAGAUAAGCAAGUGUUUGGAGUUCAAGUCAAAACAUGAGGAGAUAGAACUUGUCAGCGAGGACGAGUUCUUCCAAGAGGCCCCCCCAGACAUAUCGCGUCCUCAGCUCACCAAGGAUGACCCUCACCAACUCACUCUUGCCCGUUUGGACUGGGAGCUGGAGCAGAGGAAGAGGCUGGCUGAAAAAUAUAAGGAGUCACUUGCCAGCAAGGAGAAGAUACUUAAAGGCAUUGAGGUGAAGAAGGAAUAUCUGAGCAGCUUGCAGCCAGGCCUCAAUGCCAUCAUGCAGGCCUCGCUCCCUGUGCAGGAGUAUCUGUCCAUGCCCUUUGAGCAGGCACAGAAGCAGAAUGAGGUUGCCCGCCAUCUGCCACCACCGCUAUAUGUGUUGCUGGUCCAGGCUAAUGCUUACAGCCAAGCUUGUGAUAAGAACCUGGCUGUGUCCAUCAAUGGAGAUGUGGAUGAGGCCAAAGCCCUGUCCAAGCCGCCAGAGGACUCCCAAGAUGAUGAAAGUGACUCUGAUGCAGAAGAGGAGCAGCAGAACACCAAGCGUCGGAGGCCUACUCUUGGUGUCCAACUGGAUGACAAACGGCGGGAGAUGUUAAAGCGCCACCCUUUGUCCCUUUGUGUUGACCUCAAGUGUAAAGAUGGCAGUGUGCUGCACAUGUUCUUCUAUUACCUCAUGAACCUCAACAUCAUGACUGUGAAGGUCAAGGUGUCGACUGCUGCUGACCUGUCCGGGGCCGUUAGUGCUGGGGAGCUGUUGAACCCUGAGAUGCUGCUCAACUGCUUGUAUGCCAAUGACCAGGGCACAGAGACACCCAACCCAGCCAACCGCUACCAGUUUGAUAAAGUGGGAAUCACCACGUUUGGAGACUAUGUGACUGAACUUGGACACCCCUACAUUUGGGUGCAGAACCUGGGAGGACUGCUGUUUCCCAGUGACAGACCUGAGUGUGUCCCAGGAGGCAGCUCUCUGAGUGCCAGUCACAUGGAGACCGCCAUGAAGCUGCUAAGAGGUCGUCUCCAGUCACGCCUAGCCCUGCACAAGCAAUUCUCCUCCCUGGAGCACGGCAUUGUACCAGUGUCCUGUGAGUGCCAGCACCUUUUCCCUGCAAAGGUGGUUUCCCGCCUGGCCCGAUGGACCACAAUAACCCACCAGGAGUAUGCGGAGUUGCCAUUCACACAGCAUGUUUCCCUGGCUGGCCUAGCUCAGGAGUCAGACCUGUACUUCUUGGCUGUCAUUGAGAGAGGCACGGCUCGACUUCAGGCUGCUAUGGUGCUGAACCCCCGCUACCCUGAGGUCACCCCGCUCUUUGCCCUGUCCCUCAACUGGAAAGGGGAACGCAGCGGCAGGACAGACGACAACCUGCGGGCUAUGGAGAGUGAAGUCAAUGUAUUCAAGUCAGAACUGCAAGGCCCCCGUCCAGGCUACCAGCUGUUGACCAAUCAGCUGCAGCGUCUGUGUCUGUGCCUGGAUGUGUAUUUGGAAACGGAAAGUCAGGAUGAUAGUGUGGAGGGCCCCCGGGAAUUCCCGCGUGAAAAGAUGUGUCUUCGCACUGCACGGGGUCCAAAUCGCCUGAAGCCCUUCAAGUACAACCAUCCCCAGGGCUUCUUCAGUCACCGCUGAGCAUAACGUCCCAGGCAGUGGAGAUGACUCUGUUUAGACACUGUACAUGUUUUCAGGCCUUUUCUUUUUUCUUUUUUUUAACUACGCAGGAUUAUGUCUGUAGAAUGGACAAUAAAUGAUGUUUGUUUGAAAGCUUUGAAGGCUUUUGUGAAAAGAGCUUCAUAACUGAAUGACAAAGCUAUGAAAUACUGCUGCAGUCUCCUUCCCUCCCAGCUUCUACAGCACCAAGGACACAAACAGCGGCUCCUAUAAAUAGUCUGCACUGCACCAGGGCUGAUGAGCCUGCUGACGUGUCUCAGCACCAUUGCACGCUGAGUCAUUGAAACUAAGCCUUCCAGAAAGAAAUGGGGAAUUGCAGAUCCGAAUCCCCUCAGUCCCCAAAGACCCAGCGUGCCUGCCUUGGACAGUUGGAUAGCUGUUAGGCAGGGGUGCACAACUCCAGUUGGUCUGCAUGCUGGUUUUUUGCACCAACCAGUUACUAGUUUGAAUUUUGUGACCGCUCUAUAAACUAAAACUAAAAACUGCAGAUCUGAUUUACUCCUAUACUUGAAAACGGUAAAAUCUUUAGGUUACACUUGCAGUCAAAUCAAAUGAUUAAGAGCAGAAGUUGUCACAAAAUCCUGAAACUAUUCAGCCCUUGCUGUGCAGUCCUGGUGGAAGGACUCUACUGAUAAAACUGUUUAAUUGGUGUUCAAAAGUUAUAUAUAUUUUCUUUUUUUCCCCUAGAUUUUUGAUUGUCUCUGGAGUCUGAUUUUGUUGUCCCAGAGUUUUGCUAAUGAUAGUCACGGAAGCCAUUAUGAAUAUGAAUAUGAAUAUGAAAAAAUAAGAGGUCAGAGAUAUAGGCUAAACGAUAGGUUUACCGAAACAAACUGUUUGGAACAUUACGAAAGCUCAGAGAGCUCAGUAUUUGCAGAGUCUGGUAGGCCACGGAAUUCUCACCAUAAUGAAGGGAAAAAAAAGCCCAAAUACCUGUCUGACAAAUCAGAAACAUUCUUCGGGAGGCAGGGGUGGAUGUGUCAGUGACUACUCUCCGCAGGAUUUUUUUGUUGUUGUAAUGCUAUAAAUAAUACAGUGGCAAAAAGUAUCGAUAUUUUCUCCAAAUUAAUAUUUUGAUGCGCAUUAUUUUUGUAAUUAUUUCAAUGAGAUGUAAGAUGUUUUGCAUAUAAAAGCAAAGUUUAUUCGCAACAAGGGCCUCAUUUCCCCGACAACAUUUGAGGCUUCGACGAAAUUUGAAAAACAACCACUGCCAUCCUUUUAAUGCGUUAAUGCAAACAAUAAAAAAAAAAAAAAGAUUAAUGCGUUAAAAAUCACAUGCAAUGUCUCUUAUCUCUUAUCUUAUUGCUGUGUGAAAGGCUUUUUUCACUAUACAGAAAAAAGGUCAUUGUCAUCUUAAAAUUACAAUUUACUAGUUUCAGGGUCUGGUUAGUCCAUGAGCCAGACCUUGCCAUUUUGGCCAUCAUGCCUACUUGGAGGAACGAUGUCUCGAUAGUGAAGUCAAUAGAACUCCACAUGUGGGGAAUGUUUUCUUGGCACAUAUUAGGUAACUUAAGACAAAUUGAGCAUUGUUUAAAUGCUGCAGCCUAUGUGAACAUUGUUGCUGACCAUGCCCAUCCCUUUAUGACCACAGCUUCUGAUAGCUGCUUUCCGCAGGAUGUUAUGUUCCAAGUAGUUUAACUAAUCUGCGUGUAAAUAUCAGGAAAUAAAAGCUGAAAUUCCAAA